GCGGCUUGUUAUAUUACGUUAUUGUUACAACAGUUUAUACGUCAAUACGAUAACCGAUACGAUAAGCGCAUGGUAAUGUCAGUGUUUUUCGCUUAGGCUUAUAGUUCAUAUUUUGUCCAUAUUGUGUUUCAUCUGUCGCUGAAGUCACACACGUUUCAGCCUUAAUCUAGUACAUGCUAGUCAAUUGGUAGAAUAAAGAUGUGAAUAUAUCUUUAUAUGAAUAACAAAUAAUGGGAAAAUAUUUCUUAAAAUUUUCCUUUAUUGGAACAUUAUAUAGAGGAUUGCAGAAACAUUCAAAUAGAAAUAUCCUUGAUAAUGACUCUAUCCAAGGUGCCAUAGAAACAGGCUUACUAACUUUAUAUCCAAAACCUGUAUCAAAGCCAAGAUUAUAUUUAACUAGCAGAACUGAUUCAGGUGUACAUGCAUUAUAUACAAUUGGUCAUGUAACACUGGAAAAUAAAUAUAAUGUUUUAUAUAAUUCAGAAGAGAUAAUAAGACAACUUAAUCGUUUUUUUGGAAAAACUUCACAUUUUAUUAGAAUAUUAGAAUGUAUUCCAGUUAUAGAUGAAUUCUAUAGCAAGAAAAUAGUUACAUCAAAAACAUAUACAUAUAGGUUUAUGAUAGCUAAAAAAUACGGUGAACAAAGGAUACCUAUAAUAGAAACAUGUCAUACUUACCAUGUAAGAUCUGAGACUUUUGAUAUAGAAAGAAUGAAACAAGGUACACAACUUUUCAUGGGUCUUAAAGAUUUUAGAACAUUUGCAGCAAAUUCAAAAAAACUUACGAACGUUAAAUAUGUGCGCAAUUUAAAUAACUUAACUAUAGAAAAAGCACAACCUUUAAUGCCUUUUGAUGAACUAUCUACAAAUUUUGAUUAUUGGCAUAUUGUAAUUAGUUCUAGGGGUUUCUUAUAUAAUCAGGUUAGACGAAUAGCAACAGCAUUGCUUGGAUUAGCAACUGGAAAUAUAAAUGAAAAAGAUAUAAAUACAAUGUUACAAGUUCCGUCAAGUGAAAAUUGGAAUCAGCAUUUAAAGAUCUUGCCACCACAUGGAUUAUAUCUUGUAAAAGUAGAUUAUGAUUUUGAUACAUUAGAAAAAUUUACGAUAAAGGAUAAAUCUAAUGAAUUAAACAUUGAUAAAUAAAAGAAAAGUAUGAAUUUGAAACCUUCUAGAACAGUUAUUACAGAUACUCUUGGUAGAAGAUACGAAGUUGUAAA